UUUUCGCCAUGAGAGAGGACAAAAGCGAAGGCUCCUCUAGCAAUCAUCUAAACGACGUGAACUCUAGGUUGAGAUAUUGGCUCUCAUCCCUUUGGUCUUUGUUUUCGUUACCAUGGAAAAUCUAUUCGACUGUAUUGUCAUUCAUCGGGAACUGGAUCCAGUUAAGGCGAAUGCUUCCCACUCCUGAACAAGAGUCUAUUGGCAUGAAAAAUUUUUUCUCUAAACUUGGCACAUGUACCCCACCCGUAUUUAUUGGCAGCUUCGAGCAGGCGCUGGCCUAUUCUAAAUCUCAGUACAAAUUUCUUUUCGUUUAUCUGCAUUCGGAUUUGCAUGAGGGCUGCCUCUCUUUUUGUCGAAAUGUACUGGGCGCACAGCUGACUAGUGAGUUUUUGGGCAACAACUUCGUCUUCUGGGCCGGAAACGUUGCCUAUCCAGAAGGCAGCCGUAUAUCUAGAGUGCUAGAUGCCUUCUCUUAUCCCCAUGUAUCGAUUUGGAGUCAUAGCUCGUUUGCACCCGACCAAGCUCAAACUAUCUCUGGCUAUCCAGCUUAUCUUCUCAAGCAAAUUCACGACCUUGACACGAGUGAAGCACUCAUCUCGCAUUCUUUUCAGGUCAUUGGGAGCUACAGCAGUUGGAUAACGGCCAUUACAUCUCGGCCAUCAACAUGCGAGCACGCAAGAAACAUUAUCGAAGAACAAGACCACGCGUAUGAAGAUUCUCUGGCUGCUGAUCAAGAGCGCCAAAACAACCUGCUUAUACAAGAAAAACAAAAAGAAGAGAUCAAAAAGCAAAAUCAGCUCGCUGAAGCUGAGCAACAAAGAACUCAAGAGGCGUCUCGUUCAAAAAUUGAACAGCUCCUUGGUGCGGAACCAGAUCCUGCUCCAGAUGUCGUCACAGUCCCGAUUCGAUUUUUGGACGGGUCGGUACAAAAACGAAGGUUCUUGCUAACGGAUCGAAUUCAAACUCUAUACGAUUUUUGCAUGACCAAAGAAUCUACACCCAAAAACUUUGUCAUUGUUUCACCUUAUCCUCGUAAAGCUUUCGUUGACAAACAUCUGACACUCGGCGAGACAGAAAUCCCAUGUGGACUUCUGAUUGUUGAAGAAGUAUUCGACGAUUAAUUUCAGUCUUUUUUUGCCUCUCUUGCUACUACUUUCUUUUUCUCUACAAAAAACAAAGCACCUCAUUUGGUCUGUCCACUUUGCAUGUUUUCUUCAUCGAAAGAUCCACCGGUGCAUUUUCAUGCUCAAGUUUUCUCUUACCUCAGAAUGGGCUGGUGAAAAGAGUCUAUGUGCAGGAAAAAAAGAGUCCACCUAGAGAGAGCGCACGGCAUUCGCUCAUUUCCACCCCAAAAAUUUCACCCGCAGGUUUAGACUAUUUUGUUCGCAGCGACGUUCAAAAGCAGACUUUUUUAAAAAUACAAUAGGCGAGCAGCAACAGACAUUAUCUGUUCUUGUUCAUAUAACUCCUGGAACAAAAGAAACCAAGCAAACGUGAAGAGGUGGCAUGUGCUGAGAGAGUGCUCUUCAAAUCGUGCAUUAUUGGAAUCAAAAAGAAAAAAAAAGCUUCCUUCUUCGCAAAAAAUAAAAGUAGUGACAACCCUUACUCGAAACUGAGAUUCGUUAUUUUAGUCAUAGUAAGUCACGCACGACUUAUUGAAAUUCUCCUGCCUGAAAUAAAAAUUGAUACCUAGAGCA